GGAAAAAAAAUAUAUCUAUAGGAAGGUUUGUAUUUUUUCCAGAAAAGGUGGCAACCCUACCCCUUGGUGAGGUGCUGGACCAGCUUCCUCAUGCAUUAUCACCAGAUAAAAAAUGCUGUAAAUUGUGGGUUGAAAAUCUGGUACCAACAUGUUGCUCCUGUCGCAUUUUAAGAGUUGUUUUAUUGCUUUUUUUCUCUCCUCAACAUGAACCUGUUCUUCAAAAUACAUCAAUAGGUAAAUGCCAUGUGGAAAGUCGCUCCCAUUACGCAGGUUCAGCACGAGGGCAUUAUGAGGCUUGAGGCAGCAGAGUCCAUUUUAUGUGUGUGUGUGAGUAAAGCAGUGGGCAUGUGGUUGCACCGAGCUACCAUUAGUGCGUGCAUGAGUGCUAUCGUCACUGCCUGCAGGAUUCGCUCCAGCAUUGACCUGCAUUUCCAGCUGUAUACCCAGCCCACUUCCCCACUAAGCCGCAGCUUUCCCUCAAACUGGAAGCGGUCGCGGACUGAACCAAGGGUUUUCUGGAACGCCAAAGCUGGUCCUUUAAGAAAAACAAUGACCUGUGUGUGGGAGGAGGGGCCGCAUCCUGAGAAUCAGGUGCAUGUCUGAAGGGAUGAUGUCAUCUUCCUAACAAGACCUGCCCGGGAGGGACGAGGGGGGAAAACAUACGGAUGCAGAGCGAGCUAUUUCCUUAAUUGCAUUGUUCCAGAUGGGAGGAUGCACGGGACGCACAGGGGACCGCCUGCACUUGCUGUUUCUGAAAUCUUCAAGAAGCCUCUUAAAAGAGUGAAACAUUGUUCAAGUUAAAUAAAAAAACCUUUUUCUUUCAAUAUAAAGGGAUCAGUACAAUAACACAGAGAUUUUCACAGGGGAACCAAACUACUUCCCACACCACAAAACCCACAAUCAUGGGGUUUGAAGUUAACAAUUAUUCAGUCAUUAAAUUUGGUGAAAUAUAUAUUUUAAUGGCCUUGAAUACAUAAAAAGAAGGAAACAAUUUUUUAGGCUUUAUAUAAAAGAGUUUUAAAAUGGUCUUCCUGAAUGAGCUUUCUAUCUUUGGAUCCGUGUUUUUAACCUGCCACCACUUCCCAUGCUUGUUUUUUUCUAUUUUGUUUUCUCUUGUCUGAGUCUGAGUUCUCUUUGUGAGGUGAGGCUUCAAGACUUGGCAGAACUCCAUCAAACAAUGCGGAAUGGUAAUUAAGUGACGUAUUACUUCCCAAUUCUCACCUCUUAUAAAGCUUCCUGGGAUUUUUAGUCAUUAACAGACAAAGUUUGGAUGUUCAAAGCAGAGGAACGUGGAUAUAUCAAAGCCUUUAACAGGAUCGUAUUCAGGAUAGCAAACAAAAUAGAAGAUUCCUGCAAUAUCGUGCUGUAACCUGCCCUUGUUGAAGUUGCUUUUUCUACUCCUCCUUUGCAAUCCACAGGGGGGUACCCAGUCAUGUGAGAAGUGCUGUUACUGUGUGUGGGUUGUGGCCACUUUGUUUUUUUUCCCUUCACUUGCUUGAUCUGUGUAGAAUUGCUGUGCGACAUCAUCCCAUGGAAGGACUGAAACUGGGAAAGAACAGUAUUUCGGCUGCUUUCGGCACUACUUGACCUUAAAUAUCUUGUAACUGACAAAACCUACAGUAUUUAAAUUUCAAUGGAUAUCUCUGCAUGAAGGAUUUUUUUAAAUAAAUAUUCUGCUAAGAACACAGAUAUUUCUUCUUCAGUUCAGAUAUUUUUAUUCUUGCAUCAGCAUCAGGAUUCGCUGUCUAUGCUGUUGUUCCGGAGGAAUUUGUACCAGGAUUUAAACAAAGCCAGCUGAAAACACAUCUUAUUUCUGUUCAUAUUUUGACUGUAUCAAUGAUGUCCUGGAAGAGAAAUUAUUUUGCUACAGGUCGAGGAGGAGUUCAGGAGAUGUUUACUCCACGUAAUUCAAUAUCCAUUGCUCCUAGCAAAGGCCUGAUUAAUGAGCCAGGACAAAAUAGCUGCUUCCUAAACAGUGCACUGCAGGUGUUAUGGCACCUAGACAUUUUCCGCCGGAGCUUCCGACAGCUUACAACACACAAAUGUAUGGGAGACUCCUGUAUAUUUUGUGCACUGAAGGGAAUCUUCAACCAGUUUCAGUGUAGCAGUGAGAAGGUGUUACCAUCAGAUACUUUACGUUGUGCUCUUGCUAAAACAUUUCAAGAUGAGCAGCGGUUUCAGUUGGGCAUCAUGGACGACGCAGCAGAAUGCUUUGAAAAUUUAUUAAUUCGCCUUCACAUUCACAUCGCAGACGAGUCCAAAGAAGAUAUCUGUACUGCCCAGCACUGCAUCUCCCACCAGAAGUUUGCCAUGACAUUGUUUGAGCAGUGUGUUUGUACAAGCUGUGGUGCCACUUCUGACCCCCUGCCUUUUAUUCAGAUGGUUCAUUAUAUAUCUACUACUGCACUCUGCAAUCAGGCAAUCUGUAUGCUGGAGAGAAGAGAAAAACCCACCCCUGAUAUGUUUGGGGAACUGCUGCAAAAAGCCAGUACAAUGGGAGACCUAAGAAACUGCCCGAGUAAUUGUGGUGAAAAAAUCAGAAUUCGGCGAGUGCUUAUGAAUGCCCCUCAAAUCAUCACUAUUGGGCUGGUGUGGGACUCGGAUCACUCGGAUCUAGCUGAAGACGUUAUUCACAGUCUUGGGACCUGUCUGAAGCUUGGUGAUUUAUUUUACAGGGUAACAGAUGACAGAGGAAAACAUUCUGAGCUCUAUUUAGUAGGGAUGAUUUGUUACUAUGGCAAACAUUAUUCUACUUUCUUUUUCCAAACCAAAAUACGCAAGUGGAUGUAUUUUGAUGAUGCUCAUGUCAAAGAGAUUGGCCCAAAGUGGAAAGAUGUUGUUACAAAGUGUAUUAAGGGUCAUUAUCAACCAUUGCUCCUGUUGUAUGCUGAUCCCAGGGGUACACCAGUAUCCGUGCCUGAUUCCCUGUCUCAAAUGGAUCUACGUCAGUACACUAGAACAUGCUAUGACAGUGAAGAUUCUGGAAGAGAGCCAUCCAUCUCUAGUGACACUAGAACAGAUUCCUCUACUGACAGUUACCAUUAUAAACAUUCACACCAUGAGUCUGUGGUGAGCUAUUUCUCCUCUGAAUCUCAAGGCACAGUUAUCUACAAUCUGGAAAAUGAUGCAGCAUCUCAAAGCAGCAGAGAUACAGGACACUUGACAGAUAGUGAGUGCAGCCAAAACCACUUUUCAAGAAAAGGACCUUUAACAGACCGGAAACGGAGUUCCAGUCGCCCUAGGAGGAAAGGAGAUGAGUCACAGUCUUCUGGCUAUCACAGCGAGGGUGAGACACUAAAGGAGAAGCAAGCACCCAGAGCAGGCUUGAAACUGUCCAACAGUUCUAGCAGGCUGAGGGACUUUAAAGCCACUGUUAGCAAUAUCAUACAUAACAGACCAUCCCAAGCAUCACAGACUGCAUCACAAGGUUUUCACCAUGUGGGGAGUAGCCUUGAUGAGUCGGAAAUCAAGCCACCUACAAACUUGUCAAUGAGACUGCGGGACUGGGAGAUAGACAACAGCAGCAAUGAAUCAAAGUCUGGCUUCUCAAACAGGUAUCGCCCGACUUGGAGGCCUACUCGUGAGCCAUUAAAUGUAGACAGUGUCUUCAGGUCAGAAAAGAGGAAAAAUGCUGCAUACAGUCCACUUAGUCCUUUUUCUGAAGAUUCAGGAAAAGAAAUGGCAACUAAUGAAUUAAGAGAAAUAGCCAACUCUGAAUCAAAAGACAAGCAUCAGUUUAAAUACAGAAGUUGGGGCAUUGGGAGGGGUGCCCCACAUUUCCUUGACCACCAGCAGCCUCGUCUUAUCCAGAGAAUGGAGUCUGGGUAUGAAAGCAGUGAGCGGAACAGCAAUAGCCCAGUCAGCAUGGACCUGCCUAUAUCAGAGAACUGUAGUGCAUUUAGGGAAUAUCACUCAAGGAAAAGCCCAAGUUCAGCUCCUACAUGGCGAAACAUUCCGAAAUCUCAGAGCAGCAGCGCAUUAGACAUGGCAGAUUCUGCCUCUAGUGUCUGGGUGAAGGUCCAUCCGACACACAUGGCAGUGGAAAGCUCUGCACCUUUGAAGAGUGAACUUGAUGAACUGCAGGAGGAAGUGGCAAGAAGGGCACGAGAGCAGGAACUGCGAUGGAAGCGUGAGAAGGAAAUUGAGGCUGCAAUGGGAUUCAAUCCACGACCAAAACGGUUUUUGGAUUUAGAUGAAUUACAGAAUCAGGGUAGAAAUGAAAGCUUUGAGCGAUCUAUGCAAGAAGCAGAUUCUGUGUAUGAGCAGUCAGUGAGACUGGAACAGAAGGGAGAUUACACUUCAGCACUGGCGUUGUGUAAUGAAGCUAUUUCUAAAAUCAGAUUUGCCAUGCAUGAUGCCAGAUCUAGCACUCACUGCAGAGCCAUAGCAGAUAAGAAGUUGCAAAUGUGCAUACGAAAAGCACGGAGUCUUCAGGACCGCAUGCAGCUGCCGACAAUUCCUCAGCCGCCAUCACCAGAUUACCCCUUGCCACAGGGGGAAGCUAUAAACCAGUCUACAAGUGACAAGGCUAUCUCGGAACAAAUUUCAGUGAAUAGACCGGUACUGCUGGAGACCAACACAAAGGAGGACUACCCAUCCAAUCCAUUUUUUCACCCAUUAGCUUGUAGCCAUGAGUUGCUUCCAUUGUCCUCUGAGUCUUCCAACUUGUCAGCUUCUGAGCAAAGCCCACACAGCAAAGCAUUUUCUAACUUUCUUGCUCCAUAUAACAAUCUUGAAUCUGAAGGUCCUAUCUCAUCUCCAAAGGAAGCAGUGAUUGAUAAUAAGGUGAAACUAGAAGCUUAUAGCCAAGGCCUAGUAACCGAACAAUCAAAAACAGAAAAGGUAAAAAAUGUCAGCCCUAAUAAAAGUAAGGUGGGAGAGGAACAUGAAGGAAAAGAAGGCCUUCUAACAAUGCACAAGGUGAAAAAAAGUGGAAUUAAAUCUGGUUCUUUACCAUCAUUGCUAUUUCCGUGGGCACGCCGAACACAGACUCAGUCUCCUGAUAGAAGCAACCCACCUAGUCAUUGUAAUAAAUCUGUUAGUACAGACAAAUGUGUUAGUACUGAAGCUGAUGAAAGUAAUAAACAGAUGGGUUCCUGCAAAAGCAUCACUCCACCUGGUAACGCCAGCCUCGGCCUUGAACAAGCCAACUUGUGCUCAAGCUCAAACGGUCAUGAUGCAUUAUUAGACAAGCAAGGUGAACUUUGCAGUCCAGAACCUUGUAAAUCUGAGGCACCAAAGAAUAAGGGGUUGGUACGCUCUCUAGCAGAACAGUUUCAAAGGCUCCAGGGGAGUUCACCAAAACUAAACAAUUUUGGUGUAAACUGUACUGGUGUUGACAUUUGUGAGAAAAAGCCUCUGCCAGAACAGCAAUCUUUCAGUCCUAUGGAUACCAAAUCCAGUUUGCAGCCCCUUGUUAUUAAAGAAAACAAAUCUAGCUGCACAGAACAGACAAACCUCUCACCAGACUGUCUGAGCAGGUCUUUUGAUGUAAAGGGGUCCAGUAUACAUCUUGCUGACAACCAAAAUAUUGGCUCUGAAAAGAAAGAAACGCCUGGAUGGGUUGUUGAUCGUGUUAACACUCCACUUAACCAAGGUAAACUUUUCUACAAAGGAGAAAAAAAGGUGAAAUUUGCAAGCACUGUCCAUUUACCUGCCUCUGUGCCCUUGGAGCAGUGGGCUGAAGAUGUCACCAGAUAUUAUAAUGGUCAACUAGAGAGUAUAGGUGAUAAAUCUAAAGUUGGACACACAGUAGCUCUUAAACCAAAAUCAAUUAGAUAUGGCUUAUCAAAAAGUUCAAUUGAUCUGCGUCAGGCGUGGAAUCAGGAUGCUGAGCAAGAGAUUUCAGACCUGCAAACUUUAUAUAAUACCAGCCUACAGGCUUGUCCAAACAGAAAUAUGCAGUGGAGGUCAGAAAAUGCAAGACAAGGAUUUGGAAAACCACUUCUGGACAACACAGCUGGAAGGAAAGUGCAGACAACUGCUGGUAAAGGUCUUUCAAGAACUCCCACAACAGAAAUGGAGCACAAUCAUAGUGAAACAAUAUUUUCAUCUGUGUCAAAGGUCACUCAUGACAGGGACCAAAGCAGGGAGUCUGAGGACGAUGAGCUGUACAGUGCAGAGAAUUUCCGGCGCCUGGCACGCAGCCUCAGUGGGACAGUCAUCAGUGGCAAAGAAGAGGCAGUUGUCUCUUCUCAGAGCUUUGAGGCAUCCAAUGAGAGGAAACCGCUUAUGGACAGCAGCCACCGCUCUCACAGCUCCUCCUUCCACCCUUAUUCCCAAAAUCCUUCUGUCUUAUCCUUUGAACCCCAGCACUACCCAACCCAGCCGCAGCACCCAUCCUUUGAGGUACUGGCGCCCAGCAUGGUGGGUGAGGCACACAGACCAUCAGGAGGUCCCAACUUCCACAAAGUUCUGGCUAUGUCUGACAGGGGUGAAAAUGUCCAAGGUAACGAACAGUCGAGGAUGGCACUGAGCUAUGCAACUUUUCCAAGGGCACCUAGACUCUAUAGUGCUACAUCGAAUGCAACAGCAACACUACAAUCUUAUGCUGCUCCAAGGCAGCAGACAGACAAUGGGGAUCAAAAUGUUCAAAAUCAUUAUCGGUGGUCAGGUCAUACAGCUCAGGGAUCUGCACCUGACAAACACAUGGUUAAUUCCAGUUUCAUGACUGGUUGGAGGCCACAACGUCUUCAAACCUCAGGUUAUGGAGGCUAUUCAAACUCUUCAGCUUAUCCUAAAGCUCCAGAGACCACUGAUUCCUGUAUACCGAGGAUGCCACAACGCUCAACCAUGGGAAGAGGAGAUAUAUGGGAAACUUCUCAGGCUAAUCAGUCAAGAGUUCAAGGCCCCAAGAGAGUAGACAUGCCACCCGAAGAGGACUGGAGACAUAAUACUUUUACCACUCAGUUAGGUGGUAGGAAACCGCAGCCUGUGUUUUCACCCCACAGGACCUAUUCAUCUGUUGCUGACCUAUAUGGGACAAACAGCUGGAGAGCUGCCAUGCACAGAAAUGGGCGAUAACCAGCCGAUCAUGAAAAGAUUUUUUUAACCCCAAAAUAUACUGCCAGAUUUAUAGCUUAGACCAGUGUUGCGAGCCCUGUAUUCCAAUGGACAUUCCUGUAUAGAAUUUGUACCAGUAUUGUCUUAACACCUUUGAGCCUGUGAUGUGUCACCUUGUACAUUGUGUUAUAGAUGAUCAGCAAGAAUCAGAACCCCAAUAUGUUUCAAAAGUGCCCACUCAGCCAGGGAAAGUACUGUGCUAAUCUUACAUUAAGACUCGUUGAUCACAGUUGAGGACUGUAUAUUAUGAAUGCUCCAAAUUACUUCAGGGUUGAAUCACUGACAGAUCUUUCUUCCAUAUAACACACAGCGAGAGCAUUUGCAGACUUAGUACUCUGUCAGUAUGGUGCUCGCUCAGCAAUAAUUGCUCAAUGGAGACUUAAAAAGUAAACACAAGUGGAAGUCAGAUUUCAAACUACAUUUUUGACAACUUUUGCCUUUGUUCAUAGAGAAACUUGCUGCAGUUAGCAAUAGUUACAUGUUGCAAUGGAAUUAGAUGAAAUCUUAAAAUGUUUGCUGUUAUAUGUUUGUUACCUGCAAGUGAAAUGUAUGGCUUAAUUGCUGUAGCAUUUUCACUGAUACAUGCACUGCGGCCCUACAGGGCACAUAGUUAUCCUGGUUCUCCCUGUAUUUUUUUCUUUACCUUUUUAGGGCCACAGUAGUUUGCAGCCUAUAUAUAGCAGUGAAGGUGAGAAUCCUACGGCCAUGCACAUUUUUGAUUGGCCCACUAAAUCACUUCUCACAGGAAGCCUGCAGAAAGCCUGAUAAUCUUAGGACAGGAAUUGUUGAAAAGGUAACCCAGCAUUAAAAGUGCAGCUAGUUAAGCACAAAUCUUGACUACUGAAUAGAGGAAGGAUAGUAUGGGGGAGGGCAAUGCCACGGGAGUUUAAGAAAGCCCACCCUUUUUUCCUUUCCUCCAGUAAUCUGUAGCAAUGCUUAUAACAGAAGACUGUUAUCACUGCAUGCUUAAAUACACUGAUGUUAACUUCUAGAGUAAAAUUAAAUAUUUUAGUGUCAAAACAUUUGCUUUUGUAAGUAUUUUUCGAAUAAAUAUAUGAAAUAGUUCUAUUAAA